AUGGCUUCAAUUGAUAUUGAUAAGUUAAUCAAUGAAUUAACAUUGGAUGAAAAAAUCAGUUUAUUAGCAGGUAAAGAUUUUUGGCAUACUUUCCCAAUACCUUCAAAAUCUAUUCCAAGUUUAAGAUUUUCAGAUGGUCCUAAUGGUAUUAGAGGUACAAAAUUUUUUGAUUCUGUACCAUCUGGAUGUUUCCCAUGUGGAACUGGAUUAUCAUCAACAUUUGAUAAAGAUUUAUUAAUUAAAGCAGGUGAAUUAAUGGCAAUUGAAGCUAAACAUAAAGGAAGUCAUGUUAUUUUAGGACCAACUAUGAAUAUUCAAAGAGGUCCUUUAGGUGGUAGAGGUUUUGAAUCUUUUAGUGAAGAUCCUUAUUUAACUGGUAAAUCAGCAAGUUUUAUUGUUCAAGGUAUUGAAUCAUUAGGUAUUGGAUCAACUCCAAAACAUUUUAUUUGUAAUGAUUUAGAAAAUGAAAGAAAUUCAAGUGAUUCAAUUUUAACUCCUAGAGCAUUUAGAGAAAUUUAUUUGGAACCUUUUAGAAUUUUAUUUAAAGAUAUAAGUCCUUCUUGUUUAAUGACUUCUUAUAAUAAAGUAAAUGGUGUUCAUAUGUCUCAAAAUAAAGAAAUUUUAGAAGGAAUUGUUAGAAAUGAAUGGGGAUGGAAAGAUGGUUUAAUUAUGAGUGAUUGGUUUGGUACUUUUACCAGUAAAGAAGCCUUGGAAGCAGGUCUAGAUUUAGAAAUGCCAGGUCCUGCUGUAUUUAGAAGAAAUGAUGAAAUUGGUCAUAUGAUUAAAACUAAAGAAUUGAAUAUUAAAGUAUUGAAUGAAAGAGUUCGAAAUGUUUUAACUUUAAUUAAAAAAUUAAGUGAAAGUUCAGGUGUUCCUGAAAAUGCUCCUGAAGAUACUGAUAAUAAUACUCCAGAAACUAGAAAAUUAUUACGUAAAUUAGCGCAAGAUUCAAUUGUAUUGUUGAAAAAUGAAGAUAAUUUAUUACCUUUGCAAAAAGAUGAUUCAAUUGCUGUUAUUGGACCAAAUGCUAAAGCUGCAGUUUAUUGCGGUGGUGGUUCAGCCUCAUUACGUGCUUAUUAUACAACUAAUCCAUUUGAUUCAAUAUGUGAAAAAUUAUCUUCAACUCCAAAAUAUACCGUUGGUUGUCAUAAUCAUAAAUUUUUACCAGGAUUGGGUGAACAAGUUAUUAAUCCAAGAACCGGUAAAAAAGGUUAUUCAAUGAAGUUUUAUAAAGAACCUAAAGGAACUGAUAAUAGAACACUUAUUGAUGAUCAUGAUCUUGAUUUGAGUAAUUUUCAUUUAGUUGAUUAUUAUAAUGAUAAAGCAAAAGAUGGUUUAUAUUAUAUUGAUUUUGAAUGUGAAUUUACUCCUGAUGAAACUGCUGAAUAUUUAUUUGGAUUGACUGUUGUUGGAACUGCACAGUUAUUUAUUGAUGGUAAACUUGUAGUUGAUAAUAAAACUAAACAAACUAAAGGUGAAUCAUUUUUCAAUUGUGGUACUAUUGAAGAACAAGGAUCUAUGAAAUUAAUCAAGGAUAAAACUUAUAAAAUUACUAUUGAAUUUGGUUCAGCUCCAACUUAUACAUUAGGUAAUAAAGGUGCAGAAUAUUUUGGAGGUGGUAUUAAUCUUGGUAUGAUUAAAGUUAUUGAUGCUCAAAAAGAACUUGAACAUGCUAUAGAAUUGGCUAAAUCAGUUGAUAAGGUUGUAUUAUGUGUUGGAUUAAAUGGUGAAUGGGAAGCUGAAUCAUAUGAUCGUGAACAUAUGAAAUUAGAAGGAUUACAAGAAGAAUUAAUCACUAGUAUAAUUAAAGCAAAUCCAAAUACAAUUAUUGUUAAUCAAUCAGGUACACCAGUUGAAUUCCCACAAUUGGAAAAUUAUAAAAGUUUGAUUCAUUGUUGGUAUGGGGGUAAUGAAGCUGGUAAUGCUAUAGCUGAUGUUUUAUUUGGUGAUGUCAAUCCAAAUGGGAAAUUAUCUUUAACUUUCCCAAUUAGAGGUAUUGAUAAUCCAACAUAUUUGAAUUUUAAAACUGAAAGAGGUAGAGUAUUGUAUGGGGAAGAUAUAUUUGUUGGUUAUAGAUAUUAUGAAAAGUUACAAAGAAAAGUUGCUUUCCCAUUUGGUUUUGGUUUAAGUUAUACUAAAUUUGAAAUGAAAAAUUUACAAGUCGAUGUUGUUGAUAAUGGUGACAAUGUCAAGGUAUCUGUUGAAGUGGCUAACAUUGGUGAUGUUGCUGGUUCAGAAGUUGUUCAAGUUUAUGUUAGUAAAUUAGAAACUGAUGUCAUUAGACCAGUUAAAGAAUUGAAAGGUUUUGAUAAAGUUGAAUUAACACCAGGAGAAUCCAAAACAGUUGAAAUUGUUUUACCUAUUAAAUAUUCAGUUGCUUUCUUUGAUGAAUAUGCUGAAGAAUGGUCUGUUCAAUCAGGUGAAUAUCAAAUCCUUGUUGGUAAUUCAAGUGAUAAUACACCAUUGAUUGGUUCAUUCAAAGUUGACAAGGAUUACUUCUGGACUGGUUUGUAG